AUGCGUUUUUCCGCCAUCCUCUCCCUCCUCUCGGCCACCACUGCCGUGGCCAACAACGCUGUUCCCGCCCUCUGGGACGGCAGCUGUUACUAUCCCGCCUCGGAUCCUGCCUUCAACGUCACCAGCUACCUCGGCCGCUGGUAUCAGGUCGCCGGCACCAUCGCUCCCUACACCCGCAACUGCAAGUGCAUCUUUGCCCAGUACGGCUUGAACGACAACGGCAGCAUCGCCGUCAACAACAGCUGCCAAGCCGGCACCCGCGCUGUCAACAUUGUCGGCGCUGCUUCUCCUGCUGAGCCUCAGUACGGUGCCACUGGCGUGUUCCGCGUCCAGUUCCCCAACGAGAGACCUCCUGAUUGCCCCGGUCCCAACUACAUCGUCCAGGACUACACCGGCGAGUUCUCGCUCGUGCAGAGCAACAACUUUACCACCCUGUUCAUCUUGAGCAGGGAGCAGCAUCCCGAUGAGAAGGUUCUUGAUGCCUGGAUUGCCCGCGCUGGUCUCCUCGGAUCCGACCUUUCUCAGGUUGUCAAGACGGACCAGACUGACUGUCUCUAUACUUGA